CCCACAAUAGUAAAACACCAACCAAAAUUUGAAAAAUUCAUCAUCCAUUCAUUAUCAUCAUGAGUCACACCAGCCAAAAUCAACCUCCUGUUGCUGCUCCACCACUACAAGGUUAUCCGGUUGAAGAAGAGACUAAAGAAGUCUACCCGCCACAAGGAUACGUGCCACCAGCAUAUCCACCGCAAGGAUAUCCUCCAGUAGGAUACCCACCACAAGGGUAUCCCCAAGGAUAUCCUCCACAAGCGUAUCCUCCUCAAGGGUACCCUCCUCAAGGGUAUCCACCACAAGGUUACCCGCAACAAGGGUAUGCGCCUCAUUAUAACCUACACUACGCGUCGCCUCCUCAACAUCAUAAACAAAACACCGGUUUCAUGGAAGGCUGUUGUGCUGCCUUGUGUUGCUGCUGUCUCUUGGAUGCUUGCUUCUAAAUUAGCAAGAAUUUCUUUUGCGUGGAGAUCGUAUUGUUUUCUGAUUGGAGUUAGAUAAGCAAAUAUCUCUAAUUUUGUCAUAGGGAGUUAAUAACUUGGAGUUAGAAAUAAAUA